AUGGCUACACUAGUUGUUCCACAAUCCAACGCGUUCACCAAUCUCUGGACUGAGGCUAUAGCCCAGUUACCUGCCGAACACAAGCACGGAAUCAACUUUGCCCAACAUGAGAAGAUCGACAUUCUCAAAGACUUACGCGAGAAGGCCGAAACAUCAAGAAAUCAGUUCAUGGUAUCGAGAUGGAAGUACACUCGCAAGAGCGGAGAAACGGUCAUAAUUAGGGAUGUUUUGGAGAAAUUUCUUCGAUGGCUUGAUGUGUUCAAGGAGAUUGGAGAUGUGGCUGUUCAGUACGACCCCACACAUGCUGCGCUUCCUUGGGCGGGUAUUCGCUUCAUCUUGCAAGUUGCCGUGAAUGAUACUAACAAAAUGUCAUUGGUCAUAGAGGAUCUUACUUGGAUAUCUGAGCUGAUUUGUCGCUAUACCAUCCUAGAGGCUCUUUAUAUCUACGAUUCAUCAGCAGCUUAUGAAGCGCUACUGAGAGCUUUAGUCAAGCUAUAUUCGAAGAUCCUUCUCCACCUAUCCAGCAUAAUAGCAUACUUUGAGCAGGGGACUGCAAAGCGGAUGAUAAAGAGUGCUCUUCUUUUCGACAAACGGUUCGAGUCAACUCUAGAUGAGAUUCAUAGAGCAGAAGAGCAGGUAAAGCACUGGAUAUCUUUAGCCGAGAGAAAUGAUAGCAUCGAGAAAAACGAUAAGCUAGCAGCUCUACUGAACUCCAUGAAUGGGCCACUGAGGAGAAUCGAUCGGAAUCUUGAGCAUGUGCAAGACAAUCUUGAAAGAUCGGAGCGCACGAAGAUUCUUUUAUGGCUCUCCUCUGAGCCUUAUAUGGGACACCACAAACAAGUCAAGAAAGAUCUCUUACCUGGAACAGGGAUGUGGCUUCUGGAUGACGCCAUCUUCAAGAAAUGGAAGGAUGACAGCGCAUCUUCCAUUUUAUGGCUCCAUGGGAUCGCUGGAUCAGGCAAGAGUAAACUUGUGUCGAUUGUAAUCGAAGAUGCGAUGAAGGAUUUUCAGGCUCGAAAUAGCCCGCAGCCAGUGUUCUUCUAUUGUUCAAGAAAUCCAGCAGAGCCUUUACGAUCGAACCCCAGAGGAAUACUUGCUAGUAUUGCGCGCCAACUAUCAAAUAUAGAGUUGGGGAUGCCUCUUCUAAAACCUACAGUCGAUAUGUACAAGAGGGAAGAGAGCCAAAGCUUUUCGUCCGGACAGCCCGACAUGACAGAUAUUUGCGACCUCAUCACGGAGCUCAUCGAAAUCUACCCCCAGACGAUGAUUAUCAUAGAUGCCAUGGACGAAUGCGAUCCAGAGACUCGAUGGGAGUUGCUUGAGUAUCUGGAGAUGAUUCUCAAAAACGCAUCUAGCCUGGUCAAGAUUUUCGUUUCGAGCCGAAAUGACCAAGAUAUUGUAUUGCAAUUGAAAAACUACCCGAAUCUAGAGAUCAACUCUAGGAUGAACAAGAGCGAUAUUGCACGGUUUGUCAAGAAUGAGACAGAACAACUGGUUAAGCGUAGAAAGCUAUUAUGCCGUAGCAAUUCGCGGGAUGAGCUCAAGGAGCUGAUUAUAUCCAAAACCACCGCAAAUGCUCAUGGAAUGUUUCGUUGGGCCAGCAUGCAAUUGCAAUAUCUUUGUUUGUUCACUGAAGAUGGCGACAUCAGAGAUGCCAUGGGUCGACUUCCGCCUGAUCUGCGUGAGCAGUACAACCAAGUCUACAACAAGCUUUCAACAAUACCAGGCGACUAUCGACAGACCAUUUUCAAAAAUGCCCUCUGCUGGUUGUUAUCAGCUCGAACCACGCUUCCAACCGAUCGGUUCCUAGCCGCGGUAACGACAAUUCCUCAUGAAGACAAAAAGAUCCCGAUCUCUCUAGAAACGAUUCUUGAGUACUGCAACAAUUUCAUUGUUCACGACUCACAGCUUGACACAUUUCGCUUCGCACAUCUAUCCGUGAGAGAAUUUUUAGAAGAAAGUCCUCAGUUCAGCAAGCCAUCAUGCAACAACAUGAUAACGGAAGCAUGUCUCUGGAUCGUACUAUGUAAACAUCCAAAGCCAACAACCCAGAAGCUCUUCCGUCAUGUUGGAUGGACACUCGAGAUUGAACCCUCUGUAGUUGAAGCACUUGAUUAUGCACAAUGUUACUGGCCUACUCACUGCAGAGCAGCGGGAAAUCGUAGAAAAUCGGGCACUUUGAGCGUCGUUUUGAAACAUCUCUUCUUGGAUGAAAGAGACAAAGGGGAGAGUUCAUUGAUGGCUCUCUGGAUGCGGGACAUUACCGCUCAUACCGUAGCAGAUCAAUCUGUUUACAUGGUGCAACAACUUCUGAUUCGGCGUUGUGAACCCAGCAGCAGCUCGCCAUCACAAUCUUUUGGGUUAUUCAUUGCCUGUGCUUUUGAUUUCGAGGAAUUGGGAAAAGAACUUUUUGUCAGCGAAGCGCUUACAGUACCUUACACAACUGUGAGAGGUGAGAGUAUCGGAGAUCUCGCGGUUGAAAAUGGAAGCUUCGCAAUACUUUCUCAUCUGGUAUCACAAAAGGAGUUUGGAAUUACGCUUGCCACAAAGGUGUUGAAGAACGCUGCUCCUGAAGAUUGCAAAGAUAUAGCAAUGAUCCUUGUCGACCGGUGGAAGGCAGAUGGACAGAGUAAGAGUAUGGUAUUGGCAGCGACUGUCUCAAAUAUCCCCCUGGAAGCAGUAGAGGUUUUGCUUGACUCGUGGGAAGAUGUUGACAUCACACAAGGGAUGAUUCUGGCAGCCCUCAGAAGAAACGACCAAUCUGUUGAGAUAACCAAACUCCUUUUGAGUAGCAUGAGGGAAAACGCCAGGAUCACACAAGAGAUGGUAGAAGAAGCUAUCAAAAAUGAUAAAAACACGCUGCGCUUAGCCCAGGUUCUUCAAAGCCAGGGCAGGAAUGAGGCUUGGGUAGAACCGGACAAGCUCGAUACAAAAACCGAAAGGAGUCAUAAAGUCGUGGGAUUGAUCGAGCAGCUUCUCGAUGAACUAGGCGAAGACAUCACAAUCACUGAAAAUACACUCAGGGCUGUGAUCUUUACUUCUUACAAUCCUCGCCGCCUGAUUGAAUGUUUCCUGCGUCGGCGAAGGAAAGAUUUACCAAUAGCAGCAUCGGUAGUGAAGUAUAUUCUGAAGGGAAGUCCAGAAGAUGUGGCACUAGUCCUUCUCAAAGAUUGCGACCUCGAAGGCCUAAUAACGAAAGAAAACAUCGAAAUUGUUGCGAGCCGACGAGACGGCGCAAAGAGAUUGAUGCUCCUCUUCGCUAAUCAGCGAGGCGACUUGAUCGACAUGCUCUUGAAUGGCGACCAAAAGGUUUAUCGGACUGAAGACCUAGGACGGAAUCUUCAUCGUAUCCAGUUGAAAAGAAGUCGUGAAUGGAUAUGCUGCAAACGGAAAGACGAUGGGUGGGUCGUCAAGUAG